AUUAGAUGUCAACAUUUGCGGGUUAGCAGACAUAUACAGGCGGCCUGAUCCUCCAUGCGUGCUGAUAUUUUACACAUGUAGAAGAUACCACCUGGUGUUGUUGUGAACUAUUAUAUGGUAGCGGUUUAGUUGUUGGAUUGGAUUCUGUGAUAGUUUGAUCUUCUGAUUUCUUUAGGUCUGGUGAAGAACUGUACGAGGGAGUGGAGAAGAAGACGCGGGAACACAUGGCGGGGUACUUGGCUAACUUUCACGCCCACUGGAAGGGGAUGACUCCGGAUGAGGUCACUGACUACUACAGCAAGUGGGCGGACACACAGAAAUAUGAUCAGGACUUAGAACCUGGUGUUUACAACGGACCAGUCAUCAUUGCCGACGAGAUGGCAAACAGCUUUCUGGACGGUCGAGACAAGAUUCGCAUCAUCGACAUCGCCUGUGGGACGGGCAGAGUCGGGGUAGAGCUUGCCCACUACGGGUUUGAGCAGAUAGAUGGCCUCGAUCCGUCGACGGGAAUGUUGAAACAAUGCCAACAAAGGGGCAUAUAUAAAAAGCUGUACCAGGAAUUUUGUUCCGACAAUAUCCUCCCCAUCGAAGACGGUGUGUAUGACUGUGCAGUUGUUUCUGGGGGGAUGGGUGAAGGCCACAUUCCGUGUAGCGGGCUUCAAGAAAUGUGCCGCAUUGUGAAACCAGGGGGUAUGGUGCUGAUCGUGAUGCGAAAGGAGUACCUGAAGUAUGUUGGCGAAUACACGGAACGUUUGGAACCUUUCAUCGAGAAAAUGGAGCAUGAAAACAGAUGGGAACUGCUGGAAAGUCGCGAAGUCAGCAACUAUUCAUUCAACCGUGACGGAGUACUCUUUAAGAUGAAGGUGAAAAUGAACACUGUCGACCGCAUUCCUGUACCGGAAUCUUCCGAAAAGGAUUCCAGCAUCAUAGGCGCUUUGUCUAACAAAGAAUAAGAAAAGCAACACGGUUGACAGCCCAUCGGACAUUGAUGUACGCUGGCAGGAAACACUUGAAUGUUGAAUGUGAUAUUGUGUCAUUUUUAUUAUUAUUAGUAGUAGUAUUAGUAGUAGAAGUUUUAUUCGUGCAUUAUGUCAAUAACAGUACAUUUUACAUCCAUAUAAGAUAUAUCACAUAUUAUAUUUGCAUGAUAUUUAGAGUCCUAAUAAGUUAUAUCACAGAAAGUUUAACAUGAAAUACAUAAUACUAGAUCUACUAAAACAAGAAUUACUUCUGGUGUUAAUGAUAAAGCUAUCUAAUUUAUGACCAAAUAAAGUUUUACCAAAUAAA